GCACCCCUAAGCUAUUUAAAUACCGUGAACCUCCCCAUGUGCUCCAUUGCUGCAGAAAAGCUGCAUCCAGCCAGGGGAGAAGAGGCCAGCCGAAGACAUUCCAACUCGCUUCUCAGUGUUGUUUCCACAUCACUUUCACUAAACCUUCAAGAUGACUACCAAGGAGAAGCUGAUCACCCAUGUGUUGGCUGGUGAGCCUGUUGGCUCCAGGAGCAAGGUGACAGUUGUUGGCGUCGGCAUGGUUGGCAUGGCCUCCGCAGUCAGCGUCCUACUCAAGGACCUGUGCGAUGAGCUGUGCCUGAUUGACGUGAUGGAAGAUAAACUAAAGGGUGAGGUCAUGGACCUGCAGCAUGGCAGCCUCUUCUGCAAGACUCACAAGAUCGUGGGCGACAAGGACUACAGUACGACUGCCCACUCCAAGGUGGUGGUGGUCACAGCCGGUGCUCGUCAGCAAGAGGGUGAGAGCCGUCUGAACCUGGUGCAGCGCAACGUCAACAUCUUCAAAUUCAUAAUUCCCCAGAUCGUCAAGUACAGCCCCAACGCCAUCCUGCUGGUUGUCUCCAAUCCUGUUGACAUCCUAACCUACGUGGCUUGGAAGCUGAGUGGUUUCCCCCGUCACCGCGUCAUCGGUUCCGGCACCAACCUGGACUCUGGUCGUUUCCGCCACCUGAUGGGCGAGAAGCUACACCUUCACCCAUCCAGCUGUCACGGCUGGAUCAUUGGAGAGCAUGGAGACUCCAGCGUGCCCGUAUGGAGCGGUGUGAAUGUUGCCGGUGUUUCCCUGAAGGGCCUGAACCCAGACAUGGGCACAGACGCAGACAAGGAGGACUGGAAGCACGUCCACAAGAUGGUGGUCAAUGGUGCCUAUGAGGUCAUCAAGCUGAAGGGUUACACCUCCUGGGCUAUCGGCCUGUCCGUCGCUGACCUGGUUGAGAGCAUCCUGAAGAAUCUCCAUAAAGUCCACCCUGUAUCCACCCUGGUCAAGGGGAUGCACGGUGUGAAGGAGGAGGUGUUUCUCAGCGUUCCCUGCGUGCUGGGAAACAGCGGUCUGACCGACAUCAUCCACAUGACUCUGAAGCCCGAGGAGGAGAAGCAGCUGAUCAACAGCGCUGAGACCCUAUGGGGCGUACAGAAAGAGCUCACCUUGUAAAGAGUCCUGUGUGCCCUUCUGUAACAUCCCCAACCCCCAAUCCCACCUUCUGUAUACCCGUCCUUGUUCUCCCCUAUAGUCUUACUAUUGAUGGUACAAAUGAAGCCUUUUAGGCAGGAUCAAUUAUGUACAGUAGCUUAGUUGAAAAGCCAAUCGAAUCUCGUUUUGGCCUCCGAUAAAAAUGAUUUGUUUGCACGGGAGAAGUAUCUGGUAUGAUGUCGAAUUUGGAGGAGUCAUUUUGCUGUUUCUAGAUAUUAAUGUAUUGGCUUGUACUAUGUCAUCGAUGUUUCUUGUCUUACUCACACUCUUUUCCUGUUAAUGUUUUAGAAAGUGAUUGAAAUUGUGAGCAGGUUGAUUUCCACCAUUGCACUCUUUGUUUAGUAUGUGCGAGAGUUGGCCAGAGCCAUUCAGUUGCAAAACUAACCGUAAGUGAACGGAUGCGAGUCUCUCUCAAUGAAAGGUGUGUUUGUUUGGUAUCGGUAGAAGGUCUGAAGAAAGGCAGUGGGUUUGAACACACUGCCAAUUGCACUGUACCUGCUGUUUUGUAUGUCAAUAACAAAAAGCGUUAUAAACAUUGGAAUUGUCUGGGCGCUCAAAUAAAAAAAAAUCUGGUGGCACUUUCGAAUGUUAUGUUUUGGGUUAAAACCUGACCUGUAAGUAACUGAUGGUUACAAUCAAUGUUCUGUGCACCCUAAAUGUCUGCUCAUUUUUGUCACCGUUAAUGAUGAUUUCUUAAAAUCAGUCUCUCCAUGUGGCUUUGGACUGAAGCCUCAGUGGCCCAAACUCCGCUGUUAUGGUACUGCGAUAAAGGCCUAUAUAGUUAUUAUGAGCUGAACUGGAACUACUGCUCUGUACUGUGCUUGUCAAGGCAGCUGGUCCGAUCCGAUUUUCUUCACCACCAACUAAAUAAAACUACCAGGAUGAAACAA